CAAAGCACGCUGGGACCGACUGGAUUUGAAGACGCAGACGGCGGGAACUGGCGUCUCUGCGCUGACUGAGCGCGAGGAGGUCAAGGCCUGACUUCGGCUUACCCGGACAAAUGACUGGACAGCCUCACUGGAGGGCUCUGGAAGCCGAGGAGAUGCCGUCGGCCAGUGCCUCGCGCCCGGACAGCGAGACCCGAGCAGGUGUUUUAGCUCACUUGGAAAGACUUGAGGCACAAGCGAAAAGGUCCCAUAAAAAAUUGGAAGAGCAGGAAGUGGAAAAUGCUCUUGGGACAAAGAUCUGUAAACUGAGAAAGCUUCGAGAUAAACUGAAGGCGGAAGUGAGGCAACGACGAGCCAGAGUUAAUGCUUCUGCUGGCAAUGUAGAACCCACCCAAACACUAGAGAUCACAGAGCAAGAAGUUCUGGAAAGAAAACAGGAAAAUGUGAAGGCUAUUCUGCAGGCUUACCGUUUUACAGGGCUCAGUGGGAAGCUGACCAGUCGAGGAGUCUGUGUCUGUAUUGACACUUCUUUUCAGGGAAACCUGCUGGGCUCCUAUUUUGUGGACCUUGUCAUACAGAAACCACUUCGGAUCCAUCGCCAUUCAGUUCCCGUCUUUAUUCCCUUAGAGGAGUUGUCAGCAAAAUACUUACAGACAAAUAUUCAGCAGUUUCUGUUCAGUCUCUGUGAAUACCUAAAUGCUUACUCUGGAAGGAAGUACCAGGCAGAUCGACUUCAGAGUGACUUUGCAGCCUUUCUGGCUGGACCCUUGCAGAGAAACUCACUGUGCAACUUGCUGGCGUUUACUUACAAAGUGGACUUGAAGAGUCUGUCCUUCCCAUUCUGUGCAAGAUUGCUGUACAAGGACCUCACAGUAACCCUUCCAACUGAUGUCAGCAUUACGUAUCAAGGGAUGGAUACAUUACCUACCUCAUGGGAAGAGCAGAGACUAGCCCAUGAAAAUCUGUUUUCUACACAACCCCUACAUCAGGUGUUUACAGCAUUUGCAAGAAAAGGAGAAAGGUUGGACAUGAGCCUCAUCUCCUGAAAUCCUUCCGGUGGGAACCUAUCAGGCGUGAGUCAAUCAGUACCCCAUACAGGUCAGUCCCAGCAGGAGAAAACACAUCCUCUGUGGGUGCCAAGUGACACAUGAGCCGUAAACACGUUUGGACAGUUCUUCGUUGAUGGCUCACUAUGUUAAAAUGCUUAAGAUCGAUCUAGUCUUUUGACAGAGUGGUUUGAUCAUAUGUUUUCAUUAAGUCAGGUGUAUGGGGCAGGGAAAGAUGUUCAGUAGAGCAUUCCUAGCUUGGAUGGAAGCUGUACAUAAUUCUGUCUUUUUGCUUUUUGAGGACUAUGAAAUGGAAGUUUGUAGAGCAGGCUAGGUUUUUUUUAUGUGGUGAAUCCUGUAGUUAAGGGAAGCUUCGUAAAAAUUAUGUCAGAAAGUACUAUCACCACAAUAAGGUAUGUGUGUGUCUUCUGACAGCUGUGACCACAUGAUCAAAAAUUUGUUCAUACCUCAGUUGUUGCAAAGGGGAGUUGACAUGCUGCUGCCCUUCUGCCACUCUAGGUCAAAGCUGCACUUGUGUCUUCCCCACCCCCUAGUUGAUGAAUGCGCGGUCUCUCUUGCUGGCCGCAGGUUGCUAGGACUUCCUGUUGUUGGCCAGGGAGAGUGCAUGUCAAGCCAGGUCACGUCCUGUUGCCCUCUGAGUUGGUUCCUUCUUAGGCCAGAUGCCCAUGAAGGUAGGCGCUCCAGCUCACCCUAGGAAGGGCACGGGAGUGGCCAGGC